AAACUACUGUUACAAGUGCGAUUCGUUUUGGGUCGCCGGGUUGCCGCCUCAUAGCUUCAAACCGCUCCAGACGUCGAACGGAAAAGCCAGACGGCGCCAUGAUGUACGGCGCCGAGCCGGCGGACUCGGAGCGGACCGCAUUUCGGCGGGCCGAGAAGCGAUACAAACUCUACAAGACUCCCAACCCCAAGUCCAGGAAGAAGCUGACGCACAGCCCCACCGAUCUAUCGGACGUCGUCGAUUUCCAGUCUAUCCUCGAAUCCUUCGAGCGGAGUGGAGAUACCCCCCCAGGGGUUUAUAGAUUCCAAUGCCCUGGUUUCAAUCGCCCCGUCUUCUGCUUUGCUGAUCGACCCGGAUUUUAUUUUAUUCCAAGUGCAUUGACUGUUGAAGAACAAUGCCACUGGAUCAGAGAGACUUUGACAACCUUUCCUCAGCCUCCAAAUAGAACUAGUCUAACUGCCAUAUAUGGUCCUAUUGUGGACUUAUUUGAUGCUGCUCAAAGCCAGAAAAGUUUGAUUGAAACACAAAGUUUAGGUGCGGAUGCUGAACAUGAAACAAGUAAUGGUGAAAAUAGUCUGCAUACCCCUAAGUACAUAUUUUCUGAAGCAACUGACAAUGCUCAUAUGGGGGAGUCAUGCAAACCAAUUGCAGCAUCAAUUCUCUUACGAAAACUCCGCUGGAGCACCCUUGGUUUACAAUUUGACUGGUCUAAGCGCAACUAUGAUGCAUCUCUCCCGCACAACAAGAUACCAGCUGCACUCUGCCUGCUUGCUAAAAGAAUGGCUGUACCUGCCAUGUCAUCAGGGGAAGAGUUUCUGCCAGAAGCUGCAAUAGUAAACUAUUUUGGUCCAAGUGAUAUGCUUGGUGGUCACCUUGAUGACAUGGAAGCAGAUUGGAGUAAGCCUAUAGUGAGCAUAAGCCUGGGCUGCAAAGCUAUCUUUCUCCUGGGAGGAAAAUCUAGGGAGGAUAACCCAAUAGCCAUGUUCCUGCACAGUGGAGACAUUGUGCUUAUGGCUGGGCAAGCAAGGGAAUGCUUCCAUGGAGUACCACGAAUCUUCACAGACGAUGAACAUGCAGAUGUUGCUACUCUCUUGUCACAUUUUUCUGGCAAAGAUAACUGCUGCUUCAUGGAUUACAUCAGAUAUUCCAGAAUAAAUAUCAACAUCAGACAGGUCAAUUAGAUUCAGUUGUUGUGAUUCCUACAUUAGAACGUUCAACUUUUUCCACCAUUAGGCAAUGUACCAAUUUGAGUGUAGAUCGAGUAGUUUCGCUUCAUGUUGAAAAUAGGAAGAAGAAAGUUGUGAAGAAAUAGGGAUAGGGGAGAAGAAAAUAUGUCCUUUUUAUGUCUUGCCCAUGGCUUUCAAUUUUGGGAUAUGAACUUGGAAGAGUUAAUUGGAAGAAUAAUUAGAUCAUGAUCAUAAACCAGGAAAUAAGAAGAGCCUGGAGCAGAAUUCUUAUAAGAGUCAUACUAUGGUCGAAACCGUUGCCGGCAAGCCUGGCAGGUGAUCUCCAUGCAAGUGGAAUUGAACCCUCUGGUGGCCAUCUCCUUCAUCCUCUCCACCUUCUCCACCUCUUCUCGGGCUCGCUCCCACACCAGCCUAGCUCGUGCAAACUCUUUUUCGGCCAGCUCCAACUCUCUUCUUGUCAGCUCCCUCACUCGCUCAGCAUAAGCCUUGUCUACAGCGGCAAGUCGGAUCUGUUCUGCACUUUGUUGCUUAAGCGCUUGCGCAUUUCUCAUGUUGCUCCUAGCCUCUUCGUUUGAGGGUGGCCUCCGCGGUCCAACACACAUCGACAGGUUCAGAUCAAGCGGUGGUUGAUCAGAAGGGUUGGUUGACGCUGGAAACCUUGAUGCCUCGCCGGGAACACGAGCUGAAGAGGGUGCAGGGAUUAGUAGUUGUAGUUCUCUCACAUCAUCUUCUUCCAUGGAAGAAGAGACUUACAAGGGAAUAUUGGACAAAGAUGCUGAGUGGUUGCAAGGGUUGGUGAAAUUGGUCUUUAUAUACUGUUUUCCCAAAUAGCUAAUUUACCAUCAUGCCCAUGCUAUCAGGGGGUGUCCUUUGCAACCUUAAAAAUCUGGCUUCUCUUUGUUGUUCGUGGUGAGUGUCUCUGUUAAUUUUGUGCACUUACAAGUUACAAUGCAUGUGGAUUUCAGUUCUA